AUAGAUAUAUUUUUUGUAGUUUUAACUUUUAAUUAGUGAGUAGUUUGCGUUAUGACGAUGUGGCGUGUUACUGUGAUAAUUGCUUUAUAUGGGACAUCGGUAUUUGCCGAUCCCUUCCUCACUUUUCCUGAAAUUGCGAGAGGUGCUAGUGACACACGUAUAGUGUCAGGAUGGGAGGCCGAGCCCGGGCAGCUGCCGUUCCAGCUGUCCGUGCGGAUGGUGAACGCCGCCGGCGGAGUGAACUCCUGCGGUGGCUCCAUCAUCCAUAACGAAUGGGGCCUCACCGCGGCCCACUGCACGGCCAACCGAAUCACUUUCGUCAUCCGCGCCGGUGCCGUGAACCUCACUCGGCCCGUCCACCUCUUUGAAGCCACGCAGUACUACAACCAUCCCUCGUACAUCGAUGCCCUACAGUCAGUGGUGCAGCCCAAUGAUAUUGGCCUCAUUAGAUUUGGACGAGCUCUCGUGUUUAAUGAUUACGUACAACCGAUCAGGCUUCAAAACUCUGCGGCCAGAAACCGUAACUAUGCGGGCGUGAGGCUGACUGCCAGCGGUUGGGGACGCACUUGGACUGGGGCAAGUGCACCUGAGAAUUUGAACUGGGUGUACUUAACUGGUACCUCUAACAUCGUCUGCUUGGCUGCAUUCGGAGGCAGCAGCAUUAUCCAAGAUACUACGAUCUGUGCCAGUGCCUACAACGUCAGCAGCCAGUCUACGUGCCAGGGCGACAGUGGUGGUCCAUUGACAGUAAUUGAUGAAGAUGGUGAGCUGAGCGAAGUUGGAGUCACAUCGUUCGUAUCAGGAACGGGCUGCCACACCAAUUUUCCAGCUGGUUUCGUCCGUCCAGGCUACUACCACGAGUGGUACUACGAAGUAACUGGUAUCAACUUUGACUGGGAGUACGAACAGCCAACUGAAUCUGAGGAGUCUGUAGAAGCUACAACACUUGAACCAGAUUCAGAGAGCGAGGAAUCUGAAGAAAGCUCAAUUGAAUCAAGCAGUGAAGAGGAUUCGAGCGAGGAAUAUCUUGUAUAUACAUAAAUAUUGACAUAAACGAUAACUCAAAAAGUAAUACAAAAAGUAAUUAAAACUAUGGCCGAGGUUACGAAGAAAACUUAAUUAUUUUUAAUUAAUUUCAUUACAAGACAGUAAACGUAAUUUAUACAGAUUAA